AUGGCCAGACCUCCUUUGCAAGUUGGGCAAGAGUCAAUUCAGUGUAUGGAACCAGAACAAAAUGGCACUUCAGGCCAAGAAAAUGGGUGAGUACCUUCCAUUGUAAAUGUGUCCUGGCACAUGAGCAUUUUUAAUGUUACAUAUAUAUAAUUUAAGGUUACAUCUUUUUUAACGGGUUGGCUUGACUUCCUCAUCAAGAAAUCAAUGCUCACAUUAGUCUUCACUCCCUCUGGAAAAUAUUUUCUGUCAUCCCAGCAAAAACUGAGCCUGCCGUUCCCCCAGACGAUAAGAACCUUUGUUUUUGUAGGAGCUGCUACAUUCUUCCUCUGGAAAUAAUUCCUAAGCAUGAAUAAUAGUUAUGGCCACCAAUGUAGACCCCUUCAAAAUUAAUGGAGGAUAAUGCUUUCUGUGUCUGUUAUCCAAGAUUGGAGGCACGCCAUUAAUUGCUGAAAAAUGGCAGCUGGAAAGGGCUAUUGCUCAUGGGUAUUUGGCUAGUCACUUUGGGAAACAGGAUAUCAGACUAGGUAAGCCUUAGGUUUGAUCCAGCCGGGCACUUCUGAUGUCUUACCGGUUUCAAAAGCAAUGGCCUGGUAGCUGAGGCCAGAGUUUCUCAUGGGAAGUAGCCACUUAAAAAAAAGAAAAACACGCCUGUGAAGGAACAGUGAAAAUCCAUUUGUGAAUGGGAAGGAGUGCUGAAGUAACAUGCAGGGAGUUGUUUUGAAAGCAGCAUUGAUUUUUUUAAACUUCCACUGAGGUCAUGACUAAUGUCUGAAAAACCAGGGCAACAUACGUUGAAAUGCAACUUCAUAUCAUCUCGCAUUAGGAAAACAACUGGGAACCUGAGUAUAUUUUUUUAAUCAGUGUGUGCUGUCUGCUCGGACGUUAGUCCCAUUGAGUUCAAGGGGGCUUAUUUCCAGUUAACUAGGUAUUGGAUUGCAGCUCAAGAAAUGGGACGCUGUGUUAUUGGACAGUUUAUAGGGAGCUAUCAUCCACUUUGCAGAGCACAGUGGUACCUCGGGUUACAGAAGCUUCAGGUUACAGACUCUGCUAACCCAGAAAUAGUACCUUAGGUUAAGAACUUUGCUUCAGGAUGAGAACAGAAAUCACAUGGCGGCGGAAGGCCCCAUUAGCUAAAGUGGUACCUCAGGUUAAGAACAGUUUCAGGUUAAGAACGGACCUCCAGAAUGAAUUAAGUUCUUAACCCAAGGUACCACUGUAAUUCCUAUGCAGCUAUUGUCAACUUUUCUGAAAGGCAUAAUAAACAUGUUUCAAAAGUGAAGACAUUUUCUAACUCUGAUAUGGGAGAACCGAGAAUAUCCAUGUCUUGCAAUGUGGUUAUGACAACUCCCAUCAAGUUGUUUGUAGGGAUCACUGCUGCCAACUUUGCAAGCAGAUCUCUGAUAACUCUGUUGCUGUUUGGGAGCAUCAGUGUCAUCUACCUUCGGCUUGGGCAAUGCUUCAAAUAAUUUAACACAGUGCAUCUCAGUUCCUACAUAUAUGGAGAGCAAUAUCUUUGCCAUAGUUGUUUCUUCCCUCAUGGAAGUAUAAGCCUAUUCAAUUAAGUAGACGGGGACAAAUCUGAGCAAGCAAUUUGCAUUGCAAUGCAAAAUACUUAUUAACACCUGUAACAUUUCAUUAAUAUUGGUUUGCUGCAGUUUGUCCCAUAAACGUUGUCUGUCUUUAAGAACGAAGGCUGCUAUAAAAUCAUUAAAGGCAAUACACAACUUAUUUAGAUCCCAUGAUGUAUCUAUUAGCCUAAAAGGAAGUUGUGGUCCACAGUACCUCUUCCCUUAUGGAAAACAGCAUCAUAAAAGUGGCUGAUGCUGAUCGAUUUAACAAAUGUAGACAAAUUAUAGUUUUUUUAUGGGCCUUGGGGUGGCCCAUUUUCCCUUUCUGGUGUAUUGGGAUUUAUAACCCUUCUACUUGACAGGGAGCUUUAGAGUUGCUACAAGUCACACACAGCACAGGCUCAUAUGCACUAUUUUUCAAAAAACAAAACCCCUGUUCAGAAAUGAGUACAAUUUGCCAUGUAAUACACUUGUACCCUCUUUGAAACAAGAUGAUUCUAAAAAUAAUACGUUAAAAUACACAAAGGCCACAUUCACUGUUAAUUCCGUCUUUCUGUGCAGGUCCCCUCGCUAUUACCAGACUGUUGAGAUCAGAACCAUGGCGGCAUACGGGAGAGUCACUUCCACACUGUAUCCAACCAAUCUCACCCUGGGAAUGGUAAGGACCUCCAUGGUACAUGAUAUCAUCCUAAAAAGUACCGAAUUUUUUGCUCUAUAAGACUCACUUUUUCCCUCCUAAAAAGUAAGGGGAAGUGUGUGUGUGUCUUAUGGAGUGAAUGCGCUCUGUGCAGCUAUCCCAGAAGCCAGAACAGCAAGAGGGAUUGCUGCUUUCACUGCGCAGCGAUCCCUCUUGCUGUUCUGGCUUCUGAGAUUCAGAAUAUUUUUUUUCUUGUUUUCCUCCUCCAAAAACUAUGUGCGCCUUGUGGUCUGUUGCGUCUUAUAGAGCGAAAAAUACGGUAGCUUCUAGGCUAGGGGUGGGGAACUUGUAGCUCUCCAGAUAGUGCUGGACUCCAGCUUCCAUCAGCCCUGUAGCUAACAUGGCCAGUGGCAAGGGAUGAUGGGAGUUGUAGUCCAGUGAACAGCCACAGGGUCACAUAUGUAGGCAGUUAUGGGAAGAAGAAAAGGUCUGCUCCCUUGACUGAAUGCUCUGCAGGACUUUGUGCUGCAGUAUAGAUGAUGAUGCAGGCACAGUACACAACAACUUUUCUCCUUGUUGCUCGUGAGUGGUCUAGGACAGAGUCUACUGGAAGACAGUGUCUUUUCUUAGACUAAAGGCUUGGCCAGGGCUCUGGACUAGGAGGCAUCUCCCACUUCUCUCUAGCUAGGCCUUUGCCUGCAAUACAGAAAGAGAUCCAUUGCUCCCUAUCUCACCAAAUGGGGCCUGAGUGAGCUUUUUUCCAUCCUAGCAGUGUGUACCUGCAAUUUUACAAGGGUUAUCUGUAAGAAAGAGAACCACUAAGUAGUAAUUAGGUUUUCUCUAUUUUAUUAAUAAAACAGAUUUUUGCAACAAUUUAUUAAAAAUUGGUUUUCAUGCAGUAUAAGGGGUAUACAAGAAAUUCUCCAUGUAUUCUCUCUUUUUUUAAAAUAAUUUUUGACAGUUCCAGUCUAGAUUAAAGCAUUUUGUGCACUAUCAUUGUUGGAAAAUGCCAUUGGGGCAUAGCUCGUCAUAAAUUUUUACAGUACAUUUUUGCUGCAGUAUAAAAAAAACAGAAACAUUAAAUAGCUAUAGUCACUUUUGUGGGCCUUAUUUUCUGCAGGAAAUUUAAAAAAAAAAUGUUGUGGGAGAAACUACAGUUGCAUUGGAGACAAAGAAUGUACUGCAUGAUUUAAACCUAAGAAACAGCACACGGUCAGUAUUCACAAAGAGUUACAGACACACACUCACCGCCAACAGUCCAAUACUUUUUGGAAUUUUUUUUUUGAUUUGUUUCCUGCUAUGUUGGAAUAAUAUUUUCUACAGAAAUGUUUGUGUAUACAUUAUAUACAGUAUUAUUGUUCUUUUUUGAAAAGUAAUAUUUAUUUGUAUUAAAUAAAGUCCUGAUGAAGUUUAUUAAUAAAUUAAGAGAAUACUGGCAACACACAUACAUACACACUCACACACUCACACCAGACGACACCUUCAGUGGUUAGUGCUCAAACCGAGUGAUGUGCCCUACUCCCUGUGCGGUAGACUUACUCACUGUUGUCCUAACACUUCCAGGUGCCUCCAUGA